UCUGCUUCGCUUUGCGCUCCAUUCGCACGUGCCCUCACACCAUCAGGGAUCUCAGAGAUAUCCAUCACCUCGCGCCAUUCGGCCCCUAGAAAUAGGCCGACGUCAUCGAGAAAGAACAUAUGCUGCGGCUAUCGAGCUGUCUGCCCUCGCCCUGCUCAAUCCAUUGCCGCUGAGAAAAGAUGAAUUCAUUCGGAUGAACCUUGCAGCAGCGCUUCUCCGACAAGGUCGGUGUGCCAGUCACGCAAAGCUACAGUAUGACCAAAACAACGGUAGGUAUGUCUCUGGGUACGGAUGCUGCCGUAGGAAGCAACGGGUUCCUCGCUUCUGGUUUGAAAGGAAGGGUGAUCGAUCCAGAUGCGGGCAAAGAUGUUCCGCAAAGCGGGGUGAAAACGGGGACGGAGAAAGUCUCGGCCCUUUAUGUCGUUCCCCUUCCAACGCAGAGAAUCGUCAAAGGCUACUUCAAGAACCCCAAAGCGACCCGCAGAAGCCAUUUUGUCAAGAUUCUGGUUGAGUCACCCGAAAGUACGCCUACUAGGCAUCUUUGGCGUCUAGAAUCCGCAGCAAGCGCCGGAAUUCGUAAGUUGCACUUCCACAAGUAUAUGUGGACCUCAUUCAGCCCGUUGAUAGCGACACUUCGGCACUGGAAGCGGAGAUCGGUGAAAUUGUCAACAAGGAGAUUCCAGGAUCGAAGCAUUUGCGCGCUGGUGUCAGGAUUGUGAAGGCUGUUCAAACUAUGCCCACCGGAAAGAGCAUCCGGAGGGGGCUAGGCCUGCUGUCGAGGAAUGUUAUGCAAGGCAUUCCAAGUUUU